AUGGAAUUAUCAACUGACAGGCUCACGACACAAGGUCAACCCAUUGCCUUCCGCCCACGGCGUCUGCCUCCAGAGAAGCUGCUCACGGCGCGAGCUGAGUUCGACAGACUUCUAAAAACAGGUAUUGUAAAGGAAAAGAGAACUGCGCUGCAGCUCAGACGUGUGUCUGUCCCAAAUGUUCCAGAUGGAAUUUGGUGUGAUGUAGCAAAAGGAAUGGAGCAACCUUACAUACCAGAACAAUAUCGUCGCGAGAUUUAUGGUGCACUAUAUAACCUAUCCCAUCCAGGAGUACAAGCUACAGCCAAGUUAGUUUCCUCCAAAGUAGUGUGGCCUGGAAUACAAAAAGAUUGUCGCGCAUCGGCGCGUGCAUGCCUAACAUGCCAGCAUAAUAAAAUCAGCAGACAUGUCUUUGCACCUAUUCCUGACUUCCCAAUGCCAUCUGCAAGAUUUUCACAUAUACAUGUGGACAUUGUGGGCUCACUAUCAUGCUCUUCAGAACAAUGCUAUUUGCUCAGAAUCAUUGAUCGUUUUACCAGGUGGCCUGAAGUAGUUGUAAUACAAGACAUUUCUGCGGAGUCGGUUGCAAAAGCACUGUUGCAUUCAUGGUUCUCCAGGUUUGGCGUUCUGCAAAACUUAACAACAGAUCGCGGAAGGCAGUUUGAAAGCCAACUUUUCAAUGAACUUUUACUACUGUGCGGGUGCAACCACCUACACACCACAAGCUAUCAUCCAUCCAGUAAUGGAAUGGUGGAACGACUACACCACACAUUCAAAGCUGCAUUAACGUGUAGUUCCACUUCAUGGCUUGAAGCACUACCGCUGUUCUUACUCGGAUUGAGAACGGCCGUGAAGGAGGACUUACAAUGCUCUUCCACAGAAUUGGUUUAUGGCAAGCAAUUGAGGGUUCCUGGAGAAUUUAUCGUUCCAGCGUCUACACAGCCGUUCGGCGCUGAGCUAUGCAUGCAAUUCACGAGACAACUCAGCGUUAGAAUGAGAAACAUCAAACCCACUAACUCUGUCAGACAUGGAGACCGGAGAGUGUUUGUACAUAAAGACCUGCAAGCAACGUCCCACGUGUGGCUUAGGGAUGAUACAGUGCACCCGCCACUUGUUUUGCCUUACUCCGGACCAUACGGGGUAAUCACAAGAGGAAGCCACAGCUUCAAAAUCGAUAAGGAUGGUAAAGAAGAGACAGUCUCAAUUGAGCGGCUUAAACCUGCUUACACCAAAGAGGGUACACUCCUUCCUCGGUCUGCAAAAUCACCCUCAAACGUGGAGGCCAAAGAAACAGCAGAGAGUCUCGCCGAGCCCACGGUUUCAGAAGAGGACAACAAAGCAGCAAGUGCAGAACAGGAGCAGCCAUUGCCUGCACCAGAUGUUUUCACGAGAGCUGGUAGAAAAAUCAACCAUCGUGUAAUUAUCAACUCAGUGUGUAAUGGUCAUUGCCAUAGUAGAGCAAAAGUGAUUUCAGAUCUUACUGAAACAUUUGGUAUUGUAAUAAAUCAAGACCUGAUUGAACUUUUAUCAGUUACAGAAAUCUACAAUACCACCCAAGUUACUAACUAA